CGAAGUUAGGAUCUGCCAUUGCCGAAGUGCCUCAACAAGGACACAUCUCACACAGGAGUGUUGUCUACGGAUUUUCACCAAAGACUAAAGACAGCAGUUUUUUUUCUUUCAUUUUUUGCUGUCUCGGUUGUCAAACUACAGCUUCAGCGGUGCUCAAGGAUUUUACAGUGGAGGGCAUUUUCUCUUGUGGUCUACCACCCACGAUGAGUGGACCGGCGUACGACAAGAAAAUUCCCGGACUUUUGACAGACCUACCGGGCUCUAUGAGUUGCCAUCCGACAUCCAAGGACUCCCCGACUCUCCCUGAGUCGUCAGCCACGGACAUGGGUUACUACAGCGGACAGACGACCCACGGUCAUCACGAAUACUACCAGAGUCAAGCGUACGCGCAGCCUAUGAACUCGUACCACCAAUUUAGCAUGAGUGGAAUGGGUUCUACAGGGGCUUAUCCAACGAAAACUGAAUACCCUUACGCAAAUUCUUACCGACAAUAUGGACACUAUAACAGAGACUUGCAGACCCCACCUCAAACUGCAGUGAAGGAAGAGGUAGAAACAGAGGUUCGGAUGGUCAACGGCAAACCAAAGAAAAUCCGCAAGCCCAGAACCAUCUACUCCAGCUAUCAGCUCGCGGCCCUGCAGAGACGAUUCCAGAAGGCCCAGUACCUCGCGCUUCCAGAGAGAGCGGAACUAGCAGCACAACUCGGCUUGACUCAGACCCAGGUAAAAAUAUGGUUCCAGAACAGGAGAUCCAAGUUCAAGAAGCUGUACAAGAACGGAGAGGUCCCCCUGGACCACAGCCCCAACGCCAGCGACUCCAUGGCCUGCAACUCUCCCCCAUCCCCCGCCAUAUGGGACAGUAAUGCGGCUCACGCCAACCCGGUAGCCCGGGGACAAGUGCCUCAGCCACCCCUCAGCUCCACGCCCCCCUACCUGGAAGAUUACAGCAACCACUGGUACCAGCAGCAGAACACGCACUUACAGCAUCCGGGACCGGUGCAUCAUCCGGCUGCGCAACAGAGCGUCGGGGCGGUGUACUAGCAAUGGCAUGGACUCAUGGCCGUAAAUUUUGACUGUCAAAGAAAGAGACUUGUAACCCUGCACAGACACACAGAUGCAGAUACCGAUACAGAUGCAGCCACAGACAGCGCACACACUGAGUCUGUCCCCUUCCUCCUUCCCCCACGCAAACACACG